AUGAAGCUGCUAAGCGGAGCCGGGUCCUUCGCGAGAUUUUAUUCCCUCAAAGUUGCUCCCAAACUGAAAGCCUCGGCUGCCCCUGCAGGAGCGCCCGUCCAGCCUCAGGACCUCGAGUUCACCAAAUUGCCAAAUGGCUUGGUGAUUGCGUCUCUGGAAAACUAUGCUCCUGCAUCAAGAAUCGGUUUGUUCAUUAAAGCUGGCAGUAGGUACGAGGACUCUAACAACUUGGGGACCUCUCACUUGCUUCGUCUUGCGUCGAGUCUGACUACAAAAGGAGCGUCAUCUUUUAAGAUAACCCGUGGAAUCGAAGCAGUUGGUGGUAAAUUAAGUGUGACCUCGACCAGAGAAAACAUGGCCUACACUGCGGAGUGCCUGCGGGAUGACAUCGAGAUUCUGAUGGAGUUCCUGCUCAAUGUCACCACGGCGCCCGAGUUCCGCCGCUGGGAGGUGGCUGCCCUGCAGGCUCAGCUGAGGGUUGACAAAGCUGUGGCUCUUCAGAACCCACAGGCUCGUAUCAUUGAAAAUCUGCAUGCUGCAGCUUACCGAAAUGCCUUAGCCAAUUCCUUGUAUUGUCCUGAUUAUCGGAUCGGGAAAGUGACACCAGAUGAGUUACAUCAGUAUGUUCAGAACCAUUUUACAAGUGCAAGAAUGGCUUUGGUUGGACUUGGUGUGAGUCAUGCUGUGCUGAAGCAAGUUGCUGAGCGGUUUCUGAACAUGCGGGGUGGGCUCGGCCUGUCAGGUGCAAAGGCCAGGUACCGUGGAGGUGAGAUUCGGGAGCAGAAUGGGGACAGUCUUGUUCACGCUGCCUUGGUGGCAGAGAGUGCCGCCACAGGAAGCGCAGAGGCAAAUGCGUUCAGUGUUCUCCAGCAUGUCCUGGGCGCCGGGCCCCAUGUCAAGCGGGGCAGCAACGCCACCAACUCUCUGUACCAGGCUGUUGCCAAGGGGAUGAACCAGCCAUUUGACGUUUCUGCUUUCAAUGCCAGUUACUCGGAUUCUGGACUCUUUGGGAUUUAUACUAUCUCGCAGGCUGCAGCUGCUGGAGAUGUUAUCAAGGCUGCCUACAACCAAGUCAAAGCAAUUGCUCAAGGAAACCUUUCCAGCACAGAUGUCCAGGUUGCCAAGAACAAGCUGAAAGCUGGGUACCUGAUGUCGGUGGAGUCUUCGGGAGGUUUCCUGGACGAAAUCGGGUCGCAGGCUCUCGUUGCUGGCUCCUACGUGGCACCGCCCGCAGCCCUUCAGCAGAUUGACUCAGUAGCGGACAGUGACGUCAUAAGCGCUGCAAAGAAGUUUGUUUCUGGCAAGAAGUCAAUGGCAGCGAGCGGAAAUUUGGGGCAUACACCUUUUGUGGAUGAGCUAUAA